AUGGUAAAUACUUGGUUGAAUUGUCUGAAAAAUAGAGAAUUUAUUCAAUGCAUUAGCACUGCACAAACGUUCCUGAUUUAUGUUGCAUUUAUAUUUAUUUGUAUUAUAGUGAAUUUACCUAAAAAGGCACCACUAAGAAUUAUAAAUCCUACAGAAGAAUAUUUCACAAUCCUUCAAAUUAGUGAUAUUCAUAUUAAUAUGUAUACAGAUCUUUCACAAGUAACAAACCUAAAAGAAUUUUGUGACCAAUUACCAUUAAUUCAACCUGACACAGUUAUUGUAACUGGUGAUAUUUGUCAUGGAAGAAAAAAUGGAAUUGGCUUUUAUCCUGAAAAACAUAAAGGGGAUUAUGACUUAUAUAACAAUACUGUAAAUGAAUGUUUUAACAAAUUCUCAGUGCCUUGGUUUGAUUUAAGAGGAAAUCAUGACGUUGAUGGAGUUUAUGGGAGAAAGAAUGAGCAUAUGCUUGUUGAUUCUUAUCUUUUUAGUCGUAUGAAUGCAAUGGAUAUCAGUACAUUAAAACUUAGAAAAGGUAAUACUUCAGCAUUAAUUAUUGGUUGUGAUAAUUAUUUAAAUGCAAUGAUAUCAAUGGAAACAGAAGGGUAUUUAUCUGAACAAAGUAUUAAUAAAAUUAUAUCAUUUCUAGAAGGAAAUGAAACGUACAAAAUAGUUGCUACUCAUCAUCCAUCAAUGGGGAUUAUUUCUGAUGAUAAAAAAUAUCUUGGAGAGAAAAUUGAGGAACAUUUUGGUAAAAAGAAUCCUAUAUCUUUACAUAUUUGUGGACAUUAUCAUAUGGAUGAAAUGGCAGCAUACCAUCACCAUUAUUUUGAAGCAGAAUUAGUAACAUUACAAUAUGGAAAAUAUCGUAUUAUUGUACUAAAAAAUAACGUUGCUUAUUUUGGUGAUUUUAUUAUUGGGGAACUUCCCAUUAUUCCAUUGUGUCCAGGUGAAAACGUUCAACAAUGUAAUCAAACAGAAAUAUUUAUUGGUUGGAAAGUAGAUAAAGUUGAAGUGUAUGGUAAAGAAUCUCUUCAGAAAAUUGUUUUGUCUUCAAAAGAUCAGAAGUUAUGGACAUCACCUAUUUUAUUAAAUGAAAGUAUUUCUGUUACUGUUUCAUUCUCUACAAAUCAAAUAGUAAAAGAAUUUAAAUUUGGUAAACAAUAUCUUCAUUUAAAUGGAAGUGUUCUUAAUUUAAAAAUGAGAGGUGUAGCAAUUGCUCUUUCUGCUCUUUCUUUUUGUUUAUUUUCAAUUAGAAUUAUUGGAGGAUUGUUAACACAAAAACUUAUAUUAAUGAAAAAAAUUACAUUAUUUGAACAUUAUAGUUAUGCUUCACGUUCUACGUUACUUUUAUGUUUAUUAGUUUCAAUUAUUUUUUAUUUUAUACCAAUUAUUAUUGGAUAUAAUUCAUUUGAAAUAUCAGGUACAAAGAUAUUAAUAUAUUGUGGUGUAGGUUUUGCUAAAAUUGGGGUAUAUGGAUCACAUUUUCUUACUCAUGGAUAUGCUCUUCACUUUAUUGUAAUUAUUAUUCUUUGGACCUUUUUGUGGACAGUUUGUCAUUCAAAUAGAUUAAACUUUCAUCGUGCUAAAUUAGGAAUAGAUACAUUAUGGUGUUUCUUUAUAGGAACUAGUGUCUUUUAUUCUUUUACUAUUUCUAUCUCAAUCUUCUUCUUUUCACCAUUAACAUAUCUUCAACUAUUGUUGUUAUGUGUUAUUAAUUAUAUUCAAUGGUUUAACCAAAACAAAGUUUUAUCUCAACAACAACCUUUAAAUGAGAAUAUAAAUGAAAAUGGAUUUGUUCAAAUAGAAGAUCAAGUUCAAGAAGAAAUGAUAAUAGAUACACAAGCAAAUAAUUGA